GCGCCCGGCUCGCGGGGCACAGCGGAGGGCGGCGGCCGGCCGGGGAUGGGCGGCCCGGCGGCGCGGAGGGGCGCCGGGGGGCUCCGCGCGCUGCUCCUGGCGCUGCUGGCCGCGGGGACCCCCGCGGGCGCCUACAACCUGGACCCGCAGCGCCCCGUGCGCUUCCAGGGCCCCGCCGGUUCCUUCUUCGGCUACGCGGUGCUGGAGCACUUCCACGACAACACGCGCUGGGUCCUUGUGGGCGCACCAAAGGCAGAGUCCAAGUACAGCACUUCAGUGAAGUCCCCCGGGGCUGUGUUUAAGUGCCGCGUCCACACCAACCCUGACCGGAGAUGCACCGAAUUAGACAUGGCUCGAGGGAAGAAUCGGGGCAUGUCGUGUGGAAAGACCUGCCGGGAAGACAGGGAUGACGAGUGGAUGGGGGUGAGCCUGGCCCGGCAGCCCAAGGCUGAUGGCCGCGUGCUGGCCUGUGCCCACCGCUGGAAGAACAUCUACUAUGAAACAGACCACAUCCUGCCCCAUGGCUUCUGUUACAUCAUCCCGUCCAACCUCCAGGCCAAAGGCAGGACGCUGAUCCCCUGCUAUGAAGAGUAUAAGAAGAAGUACGGAGAGGAACACGGCUCCUGCCAGGCCGGGAUAGCAGGCUUCUUCACCGAGGAGCUGGUGGUGAUGGGUGCCCCGGGGUCAUUUUAUUGGGCCGGCACGGUCAAGGUGCUGAACCUUACGGACAACACCUAUUUCAAGCUGAAUGACGAAGCGAUCAUGAACAGGCGGUACACGUACCUGGGCUACGCAGUGACUGCCGGCUCCUUUUCUCGCCCGUCCACCACCGACGUGGUGGGAGGUGCCCCCCAGGACGAAGGCGUCGGGAAGGUUUAUAUUUUUAGAGCUGAUCAAAGAUCGAACACCUUGAUUAAGAUUUUUCAGGCAUCAGGUAAAAAGAUGGGCUCUUACUUCGGCUCCUCCUUAUGCGCAGUUGACCUGAAUGCGGACGGCCUCUCUGACCUGCUGGUGGGGGCCCCCAUGUUCUCUGAGAUCAGGGACGAGGGGCAGGUCACUGUCUACAUCAACAGAGGAAAUGGAGCCCUCGAGGAGCAGCUGGCCCUCAGCGGCGAUGGCACCUACAAUGCACACUUUGGGGAGAGCAUCGCCAGCCUGGGCGACCUUGAUGACGAUGGCUUCCCAGAUGUGGCCAUUGGUGCACCCAAGGAGGAUGACUUCUCGGGGGCCGUCUAUAUCUAUCACGGCGACGCUAGUGGGAUCGUCCCUCAGUACUCAAUGAAACUGUCGGGGCAGAAGAUAAGUCCGGUUCUGGGGAUGUUUGGUCAGUCCAUAUCAGGAGGCAUUGAUAUGGAUGGAAAUGGCUAUCCUGAUGUGACUGUUGGAGCCUUCAUGUCCGACAGUGUAGUUCUUCUAAGGGCGAGACCCGUCAUCACGGUGGAUGUCUCCAUCUUCCUCCCGGCCUCCAUCAACAUCACGGCGCCUCAGUGUCACGAUGGGCUGCAGCCUGUGAACUGCCUGAAUGUCACCGCCUGCUUCAGCUUCCACGGCAAGCACGUUCCGGGAGAAAUUGGCCUCAAUUACGUUCUGACGGCUGAUGUGGCCAAAAAGGCAAAGGGCCAGUUGCCCAGGGUCUACUUUGUGUUGCUGGGCGAGUCCGUGGGUCAGGUCACAGAGAAGCUGCAGCUGGUCCACAUGGAGGAGAUGUGUCACCACUACGUGGCCCACGUGAAGCGGAGAGUUCAGGACGUCAUCAGUCCCAUCGUGUUUGAAGCUGCCUACAGCCUGGGUGAGCAUGUGACCGGAGACGAGGAGAGGGAGCUGCCGCCUCUGACACCAGUGCUCCGCUGGAAAAAGGGACAGAAGAUUGCCCAGAAGAAUCAGACCGUCUUCGAAAGGAAUUGCCGUUCAGAGGACUGUGCCACGGACCUGCAGCUUCGGGGCCAGCUGCUGCUCUCCAGUGUGGAUGAGAAAACCCCAUACCUAGCUUUGGGAGCUGUGAAGAAUAUCUCCCUAAACAUCUCGAUCUCAAACCUUGGGGAUGACGCCUACGAUGCCAACGUGUCCUUCAAUGUUUCCCGUGAGCUCUUCUUUAUCAACAUGUGGCAGAAGGAGGAAAUGGGCAUUUCCUGUGAACUGCUGGAAUCAGACUUCCUCAAAUGCAGCGUGGGAUUUCCUUUCAUGAGGUCCAAGUCAAAGUAUGAAUUCAGCGUGAUCUUUGACACCAGCCACGUGUCUGGGGAAGAGGAAGUUCUUAGCUUCAUCGUUACCGCUCAGAGUGGCAACGUGGAGCGCUCCGAGUCCCUGCAUGACAACACCCUCACGCUGACGGUGCCGCUGAUGCACGAGGUGGACACGUCCAUCACUGGAAUCAUGUCUCCAACCUCCUUUGUGUACGGCGAGUCUGUGGAUGCAUCCAACUUCAUUCAGCUGGAUGACACGGAGUGUCACUUUCAGCCCCUCAACAUCACCCUUCAGGUCUAUAAUACUGGGCCAAGCACCCUUCCUGGGUCAUCUGUCAGUAUCACUUUCCCCAAUCGACUGUCAUCUGGAGGUGCAGAAAUGUUUCAUGUCCAGGAGAUGAUGGUGGCUGUCCCACCUCCGGCUGAGAUUUGUCUGCAGGACCCUCCUCUGUGUCAAGGCCCACCUCUACUGCCUCCUUUCUGCCCACCGCAACCCAACAUUCGUCCAGUGGGCCAAGAGAAGGGAAACUGUUCUUUCCAAAAAAACCCAACCCCCUGCAUCAUCCCUCAAGAGCAAGAAAAUAUCUUCCACACGAUAUUUGCCUUUUUCACAAAGUCUGGAAGAAAAGUCUUGGACUGUGAAAAACCAGGAAUCUCUUGCCUAACAAUGCACUGUAACCUUAGCGCGCUUGCUAAAGAAGAAAGUCGUACUAUAGACAUUUACAUGCUGCUGAACACAGAAAUAUUGAAGAAGGACAGUUCAUCUGUCAUCCAGUUCAUGACCCGUGCCAAGGUCAAGGUGGAUGCUGCCCUGAGGGUGGUGGAGAUAGCCAAUGGGAACCCAGAAGAGAUGACGGUGGUCUUCGAAGCCUUGCACAAUCUGGAGCCCCGUGGCUAUGUCGUGGGCUGGAUCAUUGCCAUAAGUCUGCUGGUGGGAAUACUCAUCUUCCUGCUGCUGGCUGUUCUGCUCUGGAAGAUGGGCUUCUUUCGCCGAAGGUACAAAGAAAUUAUCGAAGCCGAGAAAAACCGGAAAGAGAAUGAAGACAGCUGGGACUGGGUCCAGAAAAACCAGUGACCUGCCACACCCGUCACGUGACCCAAUCGGCCGCCUGUCGUCCUUGAUCUUCGUAUCUUCCAUAUUUGGAAGAAAGAAUCUUCUCCAGAUUUUUCGGAGGCCCCACUGAUGCUGUUCUCUUCCUCGUUUUUUUGUCAAGCCCAGGAGCCACCCUGAGGCAGCCGCUCUGGCCAGGUCACAUGACUGGAGCCACCACCUGUUUCUUCUUAAAGGUGAACUCCGAACUUGGGAAAGCAAGCUACAGAGGUGAACGAUAUUUAUGGAUGCAACGUGCGUGGUCAACCCUCAGGGGAAAACUGUUACCUAAAAGUAUUUUUAUAAAUAUAAGCCUUUUAUAUACUGAUUAUGUCUUUAUAUUUGUAUCGAUGUUUUAUUAUUUCUAUUAAAUAGUUAUAUAAUUCACUCAAGCACUGAUCUCCGGGCUGAAAUCUUGGAAGUACGUGUGCAUUCAUACAAAUCUGAUCGUACUUUGGGACUUGCUGUUAAAAAGAGACGUGCACAUAACAUAAUCUGAGGAGACCUCGUGUGAGCCACGAAGCAGACGGCACCACACGUAUACUGGUUGAGGUCAGACCCCUAAGACAAUUCGCAUCUUGGUUGCCUGGAGUCGUUUGAAAUAAUGUGCUAAAGAACUCUAAGCGGUUUUUCAUACAUACCUUGCAUCGGAAGGCUUCCAACAGGACUUUGGAUGGAAAAACCUGCCCCUAGCACAAGUCUGCUCGGCAUCACCUAUACGGACAUCACACCCUCCUUCCACUUGGAUUCAUGGACGAGAGCUUGGAGCAAGGCCAUUGGGUCACCUGGCAAACCUCAGUAAGGCAUCGCAUCCUGGACGUCAUGCAUCCGAGUCCGCUCGCCACGAGGACUAAAUCAGUGCCCAGCAAGCAAAGACUUGUGUCAGAAUGCUGUGAUGUGUUGCCUUUUCGUGGUAAUUUGAGGUCAGAGGUCUCCGCUUCCCCUCCCACGCUUGCUGCCCCAGCUGAUGGCCAUUGCAGAUUCCUUCCCAGAGAUGACCAUUCAACCUGUCCUUAGUUUUUAAAACAGCGUCUUAAGGGAGGUUCCCCGAAAGCAGACUCCAGUACAAAGAUUUGCCUGCAAGUAACCGAAUAAGGUGGUGUUCUGCCCGUAGGAGACGGCAGUAAGGGGGUGAGGGAAGCAGGACAGGGAAGGGGAGGAAGCCAGGCAAGGGUGCCAUUUCAGAGGACAUCCCGAGGAGGGUAGCUUCAGCCUGAUCCUGCAGGGAGCUCUGGAGGGUAAGUUAUGUCCCAGAGACGCCCCAACCCGGGGCAAGGGAGCUGAUCUUUCAGAUUCUUGGGCGCAGGGGAGCUAUAAAUUUCCCACUCUCAGCUCCGGCUGGCAGAACGGCUCCGACAGCCCAGAGGCAGUCCUCUGCACGAGAGCUGCAAAUGCACCCCCAGCCCGGGGAGGCAUCCAGAAAUGAUGUGAAAAAGAAUGCGCUGGGACCUGGGCGCAGCGCUGGCACUUCCCUGCCCGCUGCGCGCCUGAAUGCUGAGUUGCUGCCCUCGGUUCCAGUCUCCCUGUUUGCCGGUUGGUGUUUAUCAUCAGCCGCGCUGUGCCGCCUGGUUUUGAGUGCAAUGUGAUUUUCUAGAAGGGCAAUGAGAUGAUGCGUGUAGUGUGCCCAGCACAGCGCCUGGACCGCAGGGGACACUCAGUAACUGGCCGCAGCCCUGGCCGCGGUCGCCACAAACCUUCUGAUGAGAGAAAAAACGCGCGGCUGAGAACAGGGUCUGACAAAGAGUCCUUAAUGGCUUAUUACAGCCCGCUGGAGCCCCAGGAGCAUAAAAGAUGUUAGCAAAUGGGACCGAAAGAAGAAACAAGACGGGGGAUCUUUCUCGUAGGGCCUUGUCUACUGGAAGCUAACAUGUCGGGGGGGUCUGUGAACAACGUUGCAAAGACGCAGAACUCCAGAGGAGACAGGCUUUUCCACGCACAUACUUGGCUAAUACCUGGAAAGAUAGCAAAGUUCAGGCAAAAUCAUGAGGAUGCCGGACAGUUGUGAACCUGGCAUGGAACAGAAGCGUCUUUUCGUUUCUUAUUAUGCAGUUGACUCUGAUGCAGAAAGACAAUGAACGUAUCAUGUGUCCCUUCCUGGUGAAUCUGGGAAUAGAUGACAAGGCCAGAGGGUCAAUGGCAUGAACUAGGCUGAUCUUAGAAUGAAGGCGGGGAUGUUGCUUCUGACAGGGAUGGAGGCAGAGGUAGCUACCGGGCAGAGGCAGUCAAAGACACCAGUUGUCAGAGUUCCACCGUGAGUUGUAUCAAAAGUAGUGAGGGCAGUUUUGAGGGGGUCUUGGUCACUCGCUUAAAGGACACCUUUAAGCUGUGCAUCAGGAGCUGCGUUAAGUGCUGGGGCUUCCCCAGAGAACUCCGCAGCACAUUCUGCCUGGAGAGCCAAACCCUCCCGCCAGAGGCAGACGGAGAGUCUCCUCUAUGAGACCCCAUGUGCGGCUUUCCCUCAGUGGACUUUUGCUCGUAGUAUCAUGCCGUCCUUUAAUAAGCCAUUGAAGAUUGUUAGGCGGUAGGCCUGGGUCAGCUCCCUCAGCGGCUUUGGACAAACGCAUUUACAGCCUGUAACCAGCUCCCUUACGAGGGGUCCAGACGCACUGGUGGCCACGUAGAGGAUGACUCCUCCUGUUCCUGUGGACGGUCUCGGAGCCAGGAUCUGUUUGCCCCUGGUCGAUUCUGAACGGCAGACCCACAUGGGCAGUCAUAGGCUCAGGAGAUCACUAAGACUUCAUAAGGCAGCCACUCCAGGAAUCUGUCUGGAGAAGGACGGUGCCUCUUGCACGUCUGAUGGUGCUGAGUAGCAGGUGGGGCGACAGCAGGAAGUUAGCUGCUUGACACGGUGAUAAAGAAGCCCAGCCCACCAUGAGCCCUCUCAAUAGGCUCUCAGGGGAAGCAGGCAGGGUGAAUGGCAUCUGUACACCUUCUCCAGAAUAUUCUUUUGAAAGUCCACAGUGCAUUCCGGUUUCGAACCCUCCUGCUUCUGUGGGUUCACUGUGGAGUCCUAUCAGAUAUCCUCUUACACAGCAUUAGUUCAAUCUGCUUCGGCUUUUAGUUAUGUACUCAGUAUGGUUUUAACUGACGGGAAGAUUGAGACACUUUUUAAAUAUGAAAAAGGACCUUUGUAAAAAUCGAAAAUAAUGCCCGCUUUUCAAGAAUGGUUGACUUAUGCUCCGUUGAUAUGGGACUCAUGAGUUGGGGACAUCCCCAGAGUGAGUCCUAGACCUGUUCCCAAGAAAAGACCACAAGGUUUAGGAAUAAGGAGAUACUAGAAGAAGGGGGCGGGUCCAUUGGCUUGAUGCUGACUGACAGGCACACGUCAAGAAUCCGCUCUCUCAGUCAGCUGGUACCAGCAUCAGCAUCACCAGGAGUAUUCUCACGCUUGGUGAAUGUUGUAGAAAAUCCACUAGAAAGUCGUCUUCCACCCAGUCACGCAUAGCCUACCAUCUUUGAGCCAAAGGCGAGGGAGUUAAGAACAAACAGAAAACCAGCAGGCCUCCCAGGAAUACCUGGGACCUGUUUUCAAUGCAGAAGUAUAGUAGAUCCCCCAAGUGAUACAUGUGCUGUGGGCUACCUGUUAAAACCCUAGCAGAGUCCUUUGUUUUAAAGGCUGUUCCGCUACUUUUCUUCUUGGAAAAGACAGUGUGGCCAGGGGAAUGCAGUUACACAUAGGUUACAUAUGAAAUGUGCAUCUGGUGAAACCCACAUGCACCUGACCCAGACUUCCGGGAAUGUAGAGGCACUGCAAAGGAUUGUUAUGUCAGGGAAAUGGCCCUUUAGCAGACAAAAGGCAGAAAGUGAGUGUCAUUUCAGAAGUGCUCCGACGUACAGGGGUCUAAGCAAUGUGUCGUUCUGCUAUGUGGAGCAGUGGUGCACACAGCGGAUAAUAUUUUCUGAAACAAAGAAUGGCUGAAGGGAAGAUACAGAUGCCACCAGGGCCAAGAUGAACCUACUAGAAUGUCUUCCGAUUUUCAGCACAUUGGGAUAAUGAACAAAUUUCCCACAUGGUGCAAUGCUUUAUAGCACAAUGGUCUAGAUUUCAGACUUUGUUGUUGUUGUUGUUGUUGUUGUUGUUGUUUUUCCUAAUGUGCACGGUGUGACGGGCAGAGUGAGUUUAAAAGCUUUAAGAGUGAUUAAUUGCAUGGCAGACACCCACGCUAACUUCACUUCCAGAACUUGACUGAUGCAUCCAUGUACAUUUACGUUGAGGAAUUUUGGUGGGAGGGGUGUUCCUCCUCCCAAAGUCAUUAAAAGUGUAUUAAAGUUUAUGCAGUCACUUCUAAUUCACUUGCACUGUUAGGGGAAUGCAGGUUUACAAAAAUACAUGUUUGGAAUAAAAAAUGGCUGCAAAUGA